CUUUUGGUGAGUUAUUGAUAUACAACUGAUAUUUUUUCGUAAGUUUAUGUUUUUAUCGUUUCUUGUUGAAGCAAAAUCUAAUUAUACUUUUUUACAGAUAAUUUUGAUGUCGUCUACUAACGAUAUUAAAAUCUUAAGAAGGUGGAUGUAUGAAAGAAUCGAUCAUACGACUAAUCAAGUCUCAGAAGAAUUUUUCCAAGGAUUAAGGAACUUUAUACAAAUUGCAAAGAAUCAACAGCUUUUUAUUGAAAGUGGGAAACUUUUCUGUCCAUGUUCGAAGUGUGAGAACGGAAAAUUACUACAAGAAGAUGUUGUUUCGAAGCAUUUAUAUAAUAGAGGAUUUAUGUCUAAUUAUUGGGUUUGGAUUUCUCAUGGAGAAGAUUAUGAUAUUCUAAAUAAUCAUUCUGAGGUUUUUGAUGAUUUUGAAGAUGGUGGUGAAGAUCCAUUGCAAACUGAAACUGCUACGGAGCCAGUAAAUCCUUAUGUGGCUAUGGCUUCUGAUGCUUUUCCUCAUAUGGAAGAAGAACCGAAUGCUGGAGCAAAAAGGUUUUAUGAUAUAUUAGAUGCUGCAAAACAUCCCAUAUAUAAUGGAUGUAAAGAAGGUCUUUCGCAGUUCUCAUUAGCAUCUCGACUCAUGAGUUUGAAGACAGAUUAUAAUCUACCUCAGAACUGUAUGGAUUCAAUUUCUCAGAUGAUGCAAGAUUAUUUACCUGAAGGCAACAAUUCAAUGAAUUCAUACUAUGAUAUAAAGAAGCUUAUGCGGUUGUUGGGUUUGCCUUAUCAAAAAAUUGAUGUUUGUCGAGAUAACUGCAUGAUAUUUUGGAAGGAUGAUGCGAAAGAGGAUGUGUGCAAAUUCUGUAGGAAAGACAGAUUUCGACCUAUUCAGAAGCCUGGCCAGAAAAAGGUUGCAUAUCAACAAAUGUUUUAUUUGCCGAUAGCUGAUAGACUACAAAGACUAUUUCAUUCAGGUAAAACCGCAAAAGAUAUGAGAUGGCAUGCAGAACACACGUCGAAUGCUGGAGAGAUGUGUCAUCCCUCAGAUGGAGAAGCAUGGAAACAUUUUAAUAAGGUAUUUCCUACUUUUGCUGCUGAACCAAGAAACGUUUACCUUGGCUUAUGCAAAGACGGAUUCAGUCCAUUUGGUAUGUCUGGACAUAACUAUUCUCUGUGGCCUGUUAUCAUGACUCCUUAUAAUCUAUCACCAGAGAUGUGCAUGAAACAAGAACUUAUGUUUCUAACGAUUCUUGUUCCUGGUCCAAAUCAUCCGAAGAGAAGUCUGGAUAUUUUUCUUCAACCGUUGAUAGAGGAGUUAAAGGAUUUGUGGAUUAAUGGCAUUCAAACUUAUGAUAUUUCUACCAAGCAAAAUUUUCAGUUACGGGCAGUACUUAUGUGGACAAUUAGUGACUUUCCAGCUUAUGGUAUGCCUUCUGGGUGGACAACUCAUGGUCGACUGGCAUGUCCUUAUUGUAUGGAUCAGACGGAUGCAUUUCAGUUGAAAAAUGGUAGAAAGACAAGUUGGUUUGAUUGUCAUCGACGUUUUUUACCGACUGAUCAUAGCUAUAAGAGGAACAAGAAGAACUUUAAAAGAGGAAGGGUUGUCGUUGAUGGUCCACCUGAAAUACUUACAGGCGAGGAAAUCUGGAAUGAAGUCAGCCAGUUGCCAAAAACAGUUGGUUGCGGAGGAAACCAUGGGAAAUUAAAAGGAUAUGGUGAAACUCACAACUGGCAUAAGCAGAGUAUAUUUUGGGAGCUGCCAUAUUGGAAAGACCAUAAACUUCGUCAUAAUCUUGAUGUGAUGCAUAUCGAAAAAAACUUUCUCGAUAACAUCAUCAAUACUUUGUUGAAUGUGCAAGGGAAGACAAAAGAUAAGAUCCAAUCACGACUUGAUUUGGCAGAGUAUUGUAAUCGCAAAGAACUGCAUUUAACAGCUGAUGGAAAGGCACCAGUCGCCAUUUUUAGACUACAAGGCGAUGUAAAAACAGCUUUUCUAAAAUGGCUCGAAAAAGAUGUGAAAUUCUCUGAUGGAUAUGCAUCAAGUCUAUCCAAAUGUGUUGAUUUAUCAAGCGGGAAAUUAUCAGGAAUGAAAAGUCAUGAUUGUCACGUUUUAAUGCAACGACUACUUCCAGUUGCAUUUGCCGAGCUGAUGGAUAAAUCUGUUCAUGAAGCACUAUCAAGUAAGUAUUUCUCUUUGCAAUUUUUAAAUUACUACUAGAAAUAAAUUUGAAUGCAUAAUCUAAAUUUAACUUCCUUUGUUUAUAGGUGUUAGUUUGUUUUUUCGUGAUAUUUGCGCAAAAACGUUACAUGAAGACAAUCUUGCAUUAUUGGAAAAGAACAUUGGUGUGGUUCUUUGUAAUCUGGAAAAAGUUUUUCCUCCAUCCUUUUUUGAUGUUAUGGAACAUUUAACCAUUCAUCUGGCACACGAAGCUAGACUUGGAGGACCUGUGCAGUUUAGAUGGAUGUAUGUUUUCGAACGACAAAUGGGACUGAAAAACAAAGUUAAAAAUAAAGCAAAAGUUGAAGGUUCUAUUGUUGAACAAUAUGUCAAUGAAGAAAUUUCUGCUUUUGGUACUUAUUACUUUGAGCCACAUAUCAAGACAAAAAGCCGAAGAGAAGAUCGACACUAUGAUGGAUGUAGUCAAAUUGAUACAAACGAGAACGAUGAAGUGCCAGAUAUUUUUCAUCAGCAAGGAAGAGGAAGUGGUAAAGAGAGAGAAAUAUGGCUUCAAGAUAAAGACUACAUUAUCGCGCAUACAUAUGUUCUGCUGAAUUGCGAACAAGUAAGGCCAUUUGAAAGGUAACUAUAAUUAAUAAAUACAUGUAUUAAUUUAUAUUUACACAAACUUUAAUAGAGAAACCCAUCUUUAAGUUUUAUAAUUUUCUUUUUGUAGGUUAUUUGAUGAGAAUAUGACCACUUCAUAUCCUGGAAUAAGUGAAAAUGAUCUAAGUCAGCUUAAAGAAAAAGAAUUUGCAAAGUGGUUACAAAAUCAUGUAAGAAUUUAUAAAAAUUCUUUACAUUUUUGAUACUUUAAAUUUAUAUUAAUUUAUUAUUUUGUCAAUACAUAUCAGGUGGAGAAUAAUAAGAUAAAUAUUCCGUGGUUACAAACGUUUGCACAUGGUCCUAUGACAAAAGUUACUUGUUGGCCGAUAUAUUUUUGUCGGGGAUAUAUAUUUCACACAUAUGACCAUGGAAAAGACAAAACAAAUGCAAAUUAUGGAGUUUGUGUGAAAGACACAACAUCUCAUGGAUCAAGCAGAGAACCUGAUUUUUAUGGAGUAUUACGAGAGAUCUAUGAGCUCCAUUAUCCUGGACCGGUCCAUCUUAAAGUUGUGCUUUUUAAAUGUGAUUGGUAUGAUUCAACCAUUGGAAAAGGUGUACGGGUGAACAAGUCUGGGAUUAUUGAUGUUCAUACUGGAAAGCGUCAUGGAAAAUAUGAUCCCUUUAUUUUAGCUUCACAAGCAGAUCAAGUAUGUUAUGUUCCGUAUCCACGAGUAACUCAGAAGAAAGACCAUCACUGGAAAGCAGCUAUCGUGAUUCAACCACGGGGAAAAAUAUUGGUGAAUCAAAAUUUUGAUUCCACUGCAAUGCAACAUAGUGAUGAUAAUUCAGUUGUUUCUACUGAUCUACUACAAGUCGAAACAUUAGUAAAUCUACAAGGUCAAACUGAAAAUCUCGAAGAUGUAGAAGAAGAAGCAGGAUUAAGAUCAGACGAGGAUGAAAAUAAUGAUUACGAGUUAACAGAUAAGGAAUCUGAUUAAAUUUGGUGUCGUAGUUUUAUAUUUUAUAUGAUUGACCGAGUUUUAUGGUUUUGGAAUUGAAAUUUACACUAUUUAUUUAUUAUCUUUGAUGUCUUUUAUAUGACUGACAUGUAUUAUACAACUAUUAUAAUGUUCUCGUGUCGACACCGAAAGGUCACCGUCCGCUUCCCUUAUUAAUUUUUUUUUCUGGUCAACCUCUUUGAUUGUAAUGAGAAGCAAUAAAGAAGCAACCAAAUCUCGACCAAAACAGAGACUAAUAGAGGAAGAGAUCUAGUUUCCUUCUUGAUUUCUUCUUUGAUUGGUAUGCAGAAGCUUCAGUCUUUAACCCCACCAGUACAUGUUCAGGCGCGGCUCAUUGUCAGCCCAUGGAUUCGGUUCAUCCUGGAGCCGUUACGAUGCACAAAGUUAUGAGCGAAAGAGUGAGUACGGGAUGAUUCAGAACUACAAGGUGCUUCAGGACGUGUUUGAGAAACUUAAGCUCACUAAGGUUCUCUUUCAGUUUCUUAAUCGAUUAUUUAGGGGUUUGAUUUAGUUAUAAUAGAGAUUGUAAUGAAACUGAUUUUGUUUUGUGAAUUUGGGCUGUGUAGCCCAUUGAAGUGAGCAAACUCGUUAAGGGUAGGCCACUAGAUAACUUGGAGUUCAUGCAAUGGAUGAAGAAGUACUGCGAUUCUGUUACUGGUGGCCAGCCUCUCAAGUGUGUUUCACAGCUAUCAAAGCCUUAGCCUUUGUCCUUGUUAAAGUUGGCUUAAUGUUUCUGAUUGUCGUCUGUUGCAGAUUCUGAAGAGAUUGCUUUAUCUCUUACUUCAUGGUCGGAUUGAGAGACGAUUUCAGCUUGUUGAUGUAUGCUCAACUUCUUCAUGUGCCUAUUGGUGAAUGAAGGACUGAAAAGAGAGAUGGCAAAAAAAUUCGCUCGAGAGAUACACUCAUUAUUAUGAACGCUGGGCAAGUAAUCAGACGGUAUGCACAAUUUUUUAUACUUGUGCCUUAAAGUCACUUGAAAGCUUAAAGUGUUCUAUACGCUCUACUUUUGUUUCUCUGGUAAAAUAGAAAAUCAUGAGAUAUUUUGACUUUCCACCUGCGAUAAAUACCAUUGUAAUGAGCUAUGACAAGAUAAAAAAAAUUGUAGCAUGUUGGAGCUACUUUGAUUUUUCAUUUGGCUUUCUUUAUUUGUGAGCAUCGGAAAUGUGAAGGGUGUGGUUGAGUAAUCGCUUUUUACUGACAUGUAUCUUCUAGUUUAUAAGGUGAACCAACUAAUGUAUUUUUAGUCUAUUAACAGCCCAUUAACUAGAUAAGUUUAGACUCUCGUUUCUUACUUGGCUGCAACACUUACAAGACAUUAUAUUCUAUACCUAUGUCUUCCUAUCUCGUCUUCCUAUCAUAUGUAUUUACUUGCUUGUAUGAUUUGGCAGUCGAGUCAAAGAGCUGUGGAGGAUCUGGAGAAGCUUAGUGACAUUCAAUGCACUGGUGAAUCUCAGCUGAAGUUCAUCACAGAGGCGUGGCUUCAGGAUUUUUACUGGCGCACUUUGACUCUCAUCUCUGCACGUGAUCAUGAUGCUCGCUGCAGGUCACUUCAAAAUCCGUAACGCUUUGCCAAAACCCAUCUAGACUUACCCGUUAGCUUACAUCUCAUUCCACACUUACUCCAUUGAGGUUUAUCUACACAUUCAAAACACCAUAGAAAAAAAAAAUAUUUGCUUCUUCCAGGGGAAACUCUUUAGACAUUAUUGCUUAUUUUGAAUGUUUCAAGGUCUUUUGGAGUACGAGUAUCUGGGGGAAGCGUUUGCGGUUGGAGAAGUGAGGUAUACUUGUUUAUUUUGCUUUUUUUUGUCUAUCUUUUUCUUAAUGGCGCCUUGCUUUCAUAAUGGCGCCUUACUUUCAUAAUGGCGCUUUUUAAGUUAUGGAGAUAUUUAGAGUUUCACUUUAGAGCGGCAAAACCUAAAAAAUUAAGUGUAAACCGGGAAAAAUCCCUUAAAAAGUGGUAAGAAUAUUCAAAAAUAUCAUAAUAUUUGACUAGUAUAUAAAGGAAGUAAUAUUAGUUACCUCUUCUCACGUUAAAACCUAAGAACCUAAACUACAAUUUCAAAGCCGUCAAGGUCUCAGAUCCCUUUGGAUUUUUUUUGGUGCAGUUAAUCGUUUGUUUGUUUUUGUUUAUUGUUUGUUAUGUGAUGAUCUAAUACUUUUGAGGUGCAUCUUUUUCUAUGAUUUCUUUUGUAUUAUUAUAGAUGCGUCCACCAAUGAUGUUAGGCGGCCGCUUGUUUGGAAGAUCAUCUCUUCAAUCUGUUGGUCUCCAAAGACAGAGGGAAGGAGCUGCUGCAAAUGCCCAACCAAGUGAACAAAGGGAAGAAUUUGUACCUGUUGAACAAGAUUCUUGAGUGCUUCAUCCAUCUAGAAAGAAUGGAGCUAAAUGGUAUUGUGAUAUAUUCUGAAUUACUCUUCUCUGAUUUACAAGUUAUAUAUAUAUAUAUAUAACAAACUCAACUAUAUCUGCACAGGUUCAAGAACAACACUGAAAUAUCAACACCCACAGAUCAGGCUCACGUUCCUAUGCUAAAGUUCAAGAUAAUCUGGUAGUGUACAUAUUAUUUUAUUUCAAAAGAAAUUACUUUUAAUUUUAAAAUGAGUUUACAGCUUAUGUUAAUAUUUUAGGUGGCAAACAACGAAGACUCUUCCUUCAUUGCUGUGAUGAAGAAAACCCACCAGAAAUCUGAUGGAACAUAUGUUGAUGAAAGGGCACGCUUAGUUGCAGAAAAAUAUGAUGCAUAUGUUCAAGAAAGAUUGUCACUGGUUGAGCCUUCUAGUGGAGAGGUUUUGACAGAUCCUCUUACUGUCGAGGAAAGAAAUGAAAUCUAUGUGAAGGUAAUUUUCUAUCACAUUUCAGAUCUGUUUUUUUUUUCAGAUUUUCUUAAAAUUUGGAGAUACAAUUGAUUCUUUGCAUAGCUUUGCUUAAUUAAAGUUGUCUGUGCAUUUUAAUUGUAUAUGUGUUUACGUAAGUGUUAUAUGUUAUUUAGGUUGCUGGAAUAUCAAAACAAGGUCGGGUAUUUGGACUUGGAUCACUUCAAUAUGGAGUUUAUAUGCCACUAGAUGGGUCUACAGUUUCACCACAAGCUGUUGAAGAUGAUGGUACUUUAACUCACAGAGUCAAAGAGCUGGAGUCAGACCUGCAAAAGAGUAAUGAAGAAAAGGUUCAGUUUCAGAACAGGAUUGAAGCAAUGGAGAAAAUUUUGAUGUCUGCUUUUGGUGAAAAUGUGUUGACUCCAACAGAUACUACCACACCCGUAUGAAGUUGUUUCUCAGUUUGGUGUUUUAGCUUGGUGUUUUUAGUUUGGUUUUCAUUUGGUUUUCGUUAAUUUACUAAGCAGAUUCAGUUUACUUAUAAACGAACUGUUGUUUUAUGCUUCCAUUUAAUAUUUAAAUUUAAAUAAAAUCCAAGCAGUUCUAUGAGAAA